AUCACUGGACUGCGCUGGAGAAUCGUGCAUUCGCAUGGUUGGUUGUCAUUAAUUGUCAUCGUCAUCACGUUGGGUCACGUUGGAUGAACGUUUGUGAACGUUUCCGAGUAGAAUUUGGUAAAAGUUAACUCGCAACCGUAGAGCGGUUUAAAAAUUGACCAGUGAAUUAAGAAGUAGAAAGCGCAGCGAAUGGUGGAAAAAUGUCGGAGUUGGGGAAUUGGUUGAAUUCUGUUCCAAUAUUUACGAGAUAUUGGUUACUCUUAACGGCGGGACUGACCUUACUAGGAAGAUGCGGUUUCGUGGAUUCAAUUACCAUGAUCCUCCUGCGCGACCGCUUUAUACAUAAUUUUGAAAUCUGGAGACCCGUCACUAGUUUAUUCUUUUAUCCCCUCAAUCGCGCCACGGGGUUCCAUUUUUUGAUCAAUUGCUACUUCCUCUACAAUUAUUCGUUGAGGCUCGAACGAGGAGUAUUCGAUGGAAGGCCAGCUGACUAUUGCUUCAUGUUAUUAUUCAACUGGAUAUGCUGCGUCGUGAUAGGACUUUUUGCAGACUUCCAUUUACUUAUGGAUCCUAUGGUUUUAAGCGUUCUCUACGUUUGGUGCCAAUUGAACCCAGAAAUUGUGGUGAACUUCUGGCUUGGAACCCAAUUUAAAGCCGUGUACUUGCCAUGGGUACUUUUCGGAUUUAAUCUCAUCAUUUCGGGAGGUGGAAUGCUAGAACUAAUUGGUAUUUUAGUUGGACAUUUAUAUUUCUUCCUGAAGUUCAAGUACCCUCAAGAAUUUGGUGGUCUGGAUUUAUUGAGCACUCCAAAAAUUCUUGAAUACUAUUUCCCACUGGAAAGGACCGGAGUCAGAGGAUUUGGAAGCGCUCCUAUUCAAAGACCAGGAACGCGUCCGGCGCAAGUUCCUAGAAAUAUGAUGGGUGGACAUAACUGGGGUCGAGGUCAUGUCUUAGGGUGAUUCCACUACAUUAAAAUGACUGUACACAUUGUUAACUAUUAAAAGUGCAUUUCGGUACUUCAUAGAGAAAUCAUAACAUUUCAAUAAUAUUAUUUGACUUUACUGUGUCGCCCCGAAGUUAAGUCAUUGGAUCAACUAGAUCUUGCAAUGCAUUUUGUAAAUAUUUACAGUUAAAUUUAACACCCUACAAAUACAAUAAAGGAACUUUUCUAAAUGA